UGAUAGACUGUGACCAAGAGAUAAACACAAUAUUUUUUUUAUUGCGUUAUCAAGUAUGUAUGAUUUCACUUAGCAGAUACAGUGCUCAUCACAUGUCCACGAGAAUUUGUGUCGUGCUGCAGAGUGACAGAUGAGAAGGAUCGCUCCAUGAAGGGCCAAAUGCGACUUUCGGCCACGCUGGCGGCGCUGGUGGUGGUUGCGGCGUCGUCCGGAGAGCCGCAGAACCCCACGCAGGGGAUGGAUCUGCUCAACUUCAUUCUGACGGAAGGAGACCCGAAGACGCAACUCUGCGGAUACUUAACGUGUCAUCCGCCGCUCGGGAGAGAAGAUUGCCCUGAGGGAACGCUUUUCGUCGAAGGAGUGAGGCAGUUUGGAUGCUGUGGCGCCUGCGUUCGGUUUUUGCAGUACAACGAAACCCAGUGCACGGGGAGCAUCGACCCAAACUUCGGCGGCGGCUACGGGAUCCUGCAGGACCUCCAGGACGAGGAGAGGAACGGGAGGGUGGCUUCACUUCCUGACGACGACCUCAACAUCGUGCACUCGAGAUGGUGCGAUUACUCCCUGGGAUGCUACAACGGCACCUGUCUGCCUGACGAGGACGGGCGCGGGUGUCGCUUCGUCCGGGACAGGUACGACGAGGCGCGGGCGAACGGGGACUACGAGGCCUACCGCGACGACUACCGCUGGAGGCCCGAGUGCUCGCCCGACGGGACUUACGAACCCAAGCAGUGCAAGGGGCCCGCCAGCGAGGCCAGAUGCUUCUGCGUGGACCCCGACGGCAAUACCAUCUUCGGCAGCGCCUUCCCAGAGCAAGAAGAACUCCUCUCUACAAUGAACUGCCAAUGCUCUCGGCUGGCGUGGGCGCGUGAGGCAGCUAGGGACAGGACCGCCACGCUUCACUGCGCCCUCAACGGGAAUUUCGAGGAGCUGCAGUGUGAGGCGGGAUGGUGCUUCUGCAUUAACCCCCUGGACGCGAAACCCUACGGCAAAAGGAUACCAGAGCAAGCCAUGUUUCUUCUGCCUUGCUACAACGUCACCGAGGUAGGCGAGCAGUACCUGAGGCGCUGCGAGAGUGAGUACCACGCCCACCAAGUGCUCUACACGGAGAUGAUGAUGCGCGGCACGGAGGGACCCUCGACCCGCCUGCGCUGCGACCCCGACGGAUCCUACAGCGCCGAACAGUGCGACUAUGACAUGUGCCGCUGUUAUGACAGAUAUCUCAACAAUUUGGGAAUUUCUCGAGGAGGCUGCAAGUGUGCACGGGACAAGCAGUACUACGUGCAGCAGCAAGUGCUGAUGGAUAUCGAUUGCCGGGCUCCCGACGGCGGCGAGGCAGGGACGUACAGCGUUGUGCAGAAACGGGGCGGCUACUCCUUCUGCGUGGACGAGGAUGGGGUGCGAGCAGGACCUCUGUUGUGCAGUGACUAUGAGUCGAAGCUCGACUGUGAUCUGGCAAAGGAGUGUCAGAAGGGAGGCGAUUAUUCCAAGACGUGUAAAAAAGUGUGUAUGAACUGUCCCCCUGAAGCCUAUGCCUUAAACAACCCGGCGUGCACCAAUAUUUAAUCGAAACACCCCAGCAUGUCUAAUAUUUAAUUGACUGUGUGUAUGUUCGUUAUCGAUACCAUAUUCGGCUUAAUACUUUUUAACAAUAUAGGAUUUGUUUGUUUCGAUGGUUUUAUAAGGGCGCCAGGUUUCGGCUGCUGGUUUGUCCAGCUUCUCUCGGACCAGAAGCAAGAACCAAGAAGCGACGAGUGAUUGGCGGGAAAACGUUUCUAAUGCACUGGUUUUACACUAAUUGCAUAUCUUAAAUGAGACUACUUUAAACUUCUUAUAUUAUACAUUUAUUUGCACAGAAACUGGACUGUGUUGUCCGUUGUUGUUAAAGAAUUCUGACGUUAUACCCUUUCACCUACGCUGAAAUAGGUACAACGUACAUGAUAUCUGAAGUGAACUGCAAAUAAAGGCAUUGUUUUCAA